CCAAAGUCAACAGAACUCCUUCACAAUCGAAAUUUGUUUUCUUUAAUAUAUCUCUCUCGGGGUUCCAGCAAAACCAGUUAGCUCUGAAAGUGUAUAUGCCUAUAGAGCUAUGGAUAUUCCCCACAUUUAUAGAUAGAAAGCCAUUUACUAGUAUAUAAGGCCUUGUCCUCUCUGCAUAAUCUCAUCACCAAAAAAUGGGUGCGAAGGGUUUUGCUUCUGCUUCUUCAAUGCUAGCGGCUGUUUUGGUGUUGGGUUUGGUUUUGAGUUUGGGGGUGGUCUGUAAUGGAGGAAAGACUAGUUCUUUUGUGAGGAAAGUGGAGAAAACUGUGGAUAUGCCCUUUGAUAGUGAUGUCUUCAAAGCCCCUCAUGGCUAUAAUGCUCCCCAACAAGUUCAUAUAACACAAGGAGACCAGCUGGGAAAGGCAGUGAUUGUGUCAUGGGUGACUGUGAAUGAACCAGGUUUAAGCAAAGUUCUCUACUGGAGCGCAAAUAGCAAGAAAAAUAUAGCUGUGGGUAAAUUUAACACCUACAAGUACUACAAUUACAGCUCUCCUUACAUUCAUCAUGUGACAAUCAGAAAUUUAAAGUACAAUACCAAAUACUACUAUGAGGUUGGGAUUGGACACUCAAAACGGCAAUUCUGGUUUGUGACUCCUCCACCAGUUGGGCCAGAUGUUCCUUACACUUUUGGUCUCAUAGGUGAUCUGGGCCAGACCUUUGAUUCGAAUAAGACACUCACUCAUUAUGAAUUAAACCCACAUAAAGGACAAGCAGUAUUGUUUGUUGGUGACCUCUCUUAUGCCGAUAACUAUCCAUAUCAUGAUAAUAACAGAUGGGAUUCAUGGGGAAGAUUUGUGGAGAGAAGUACUGCUUAUCAACCUUGGAUAUGGACUGCAGGGAAUCAUGAACUUGAUUAUGCUCCAGAAAUUGGUGAAACAAAACCAUGGAAGCCUUACACUAAUCGGUAUCGUGUCCCAUACAAGUCAGCAGGGAGUACUGCGCCUUUUUGGUACUCAAUCAAGAGAGCUUCGUCGCACAUUAUAGUCUUAUCUUCAUAUUCUGCAUAUGGUAAAUAUACUCCUCAGUACCAAUGGUUGGAGCAGGAACUACCAAAAGUCAACAGGACCGAGACCCCAUGGCUGAUUGUUUUACUGCACUCCCCAUGGUAUAAUAGCUACAAUUACCACUACAUGGAAGGAGAGACCAUGAGAGUUAUGUAUGAGCCUUGGUUUGUGCAGCACAAAGUUGAUGUGGUAUUUGCUGGUCAUGUCCAUGCCUAUGAACGAACUGAGCGUGUUUCCAACAUUGCAUAUAACAUUGUGAAUGGUAUUUGUGCUCCCGUGAAAGAUGAAUCUGCACCUGUGUACAUCACCAUUGGUGAUGGAGGAAAUAUUGAAGGCUUAGCAACCAAUAUGACAGAACCACAGCCAGCAUACUCGGCUUUUAGAGAGGCCAGCUUUGGUCAUGCUACUUUUUCCAUCAAGAACAGAACCCAUGCUUACUACAGUUGGCACCGUAACGAUGAUGGAUAUGCAGUGCAAGCCGACUCUAUGUGGUUUUUCAACCGACACUAUCAUCUUAUGGAUGAUUCUACAAGUGCCCAAUCAUGAUGAUAGGAUACAAAAAGCAUCAUGUUGAUCUAGAAUAAAAAUGUAGUUUCUUUUUGUAUAUGUAUUCAAUUUAUGAAUGUGUGAACUAUGUCUUUUUGCCUAAUUCAACCGGAAUGGAAUGAGUUAAGAGAAUGAAAAACAAAUCCCAAAUGAACUGGGGAAAAUUCCAUUA